AUGACGCACCUGCUGAAGCUCCUUGUCGUUAUACUUGAUAUUUUCGCUCUGGUGCUUAGUAAAGCCAACGAGCAGACCAUAUACAGACCACCUGGGACACUGCUCAUGAACGAGAAAGUGGAUAUUGACUUUAUUGCAGAGUCGAUAGAUCCGUCGAUCGACUACACAAUUGAUAAACAGCAAUCAGAAAUUUUACUCAAUGGACCAAUGGGAAAUGGCACGGUUGUCAUCAACUUAAAGGGAACGGAGAAUGACAGUCAAAAAACGUUUACCUUGAAGAUUCUGCCUGGAAAUGAAUCAAGUGGAACUUCCGCUGCGCUUAUAACACAACUAUGGUCAUCUACCGCUCUCUUCGGCUUUACAAUGCUUUUGCUGAAUUAUUGA